AGGUUUGACUCGUUUGUUUGUCGAGUAAUGUUGCUCCGGUUCAUCCGGUUUCGGGCAACCGUUGCGGCCGCCGCGCGCCACUUCUCAGGGGAAUCGGCUGCGGAGAAGACUAUUGGGAACGGAGGAUCAACGGCGAGAGCAGGUGGCGGGGGUGACACGUUGGGAAGGAGACUGUUUAGCCUAGUUUAUGCGAAGCGUAGUGCCGUAAUUGCAAUAGGGAAGUGGAAAGCAGAGGGCCACAAGGUGCAGAAGUAUCAGCUUAAUCGAAUUGUUAGAGAGCUCCGAAAGCUCAAGCGGUACAAACACGCACUCGAGGUUUGUGAAUGGAUGACACAGCAGAAAGAUAUCAAGCUCAUGCCAGGUGACUAUGCUGUGCACUUGGACCUCAUUGCAAAGGUUCGCGGUCUAAGUAGCGCAGAGAAGUUUUUUGAAGAUCUCCGGGAUGAAAUCAGAGGCUGGCAAACCUGUACUGCUCUUCUUCAUACUUACGUCAAUUAUAGCUUGCUUGAAAAAGCUGAGGCUUUAAUGGAGAAAAUGUCUGAAUGUAAUUUCUUGAAGAAUCCCCUUCCUUACAACCAUAUGCUAUCACUGUACGUUGCAAAUAGGCAAUUGGAGAAGGUUCCUGAAGUCAUAAAGGGGUUGAAGAAAAACGCUUUGCCAGAUGUUGUUACUUACAAUCUUUGGCUGAGUGCAUGCGCUUCGCAGAAUGAUGUUGAAACUGCAGAAAAAGUGUUUAUGGAGUUGAAGAAGGCAAAAAUUCAUCCAGACUGGAUAACGUAUAGCACAUUAACCAACUUAUAUAUAAAGAACCAACUCCUUGAAAAAGCAUCAUCUACUUUGAGAGAGAUGGAGAAAAGGGCUUCAAGGAAAAAUAGACUCGCUUAUUCUUCUCUCAUUAGUUUGCAUACAAACAUGGGCGACAAGGAUGAGGUGCAUCGGAUCUGGAAUAAGAUGAAAUCGUGCUUCCGCAAAAUGAAUGAUUCUGAAUAUAUUUGUAUGAUGUCUUCCCUCUUGAAACUUGAAGAGAUUGAAGAAGCACAGAAUAUUUACUCUGAGUGGGAGUCAGUUUCUGGACAUGGUGAUCCACAAGUCCCAAACGUUCUCCUUGCAGCGUAUAUCAAUAGAAACCAGAUGGAAGAAGCUGAAAAUUUUCAUCAUCAAAUGGUGCAAAAGGGCAUCCGUCCUUGUUACACUACUUGGGAGCUUCUAACAUGGGGUCAUUUGAAAUCAAAGCAGAUGGACAAAGUUUUAGAUUAUUUUAAAAAGGCAAUUAGUAGUGUUAAAAAAUGGAAUCCUGACAAAAAGUUGAUUAGAGAAGUGUUUAAGAAUCUUGAGGAGAAAGGGAAUGUUGAAGAAGCAGAGGAAUUAUUGGUUAUACUACGGGACGCUGGCCAUGUGAGUACAGAGAUAUAUAAUUCUGUUCUACGAACUUAUGAGAACGCAGGUAAAAUGCCCCUAAUAAUUGCAGAGCGUAUGAAGAAAGAUAAUGUUGAGUUAGAUGAAGAAACACAUAGACUCAUCCAAAUAACUAGCAGCAUGUGUGUGAGUGAAGUCUCAAGUUUUGUCUCGUGACAACAGAAAAACUUGUCAGCUAAGUCUAACUAAGUGUUGAGAAAUUUGGUGUUAGACCUUGUAUUUUUUUUUUCCAGUUUGAUGAUUUCUGUUUACAAUGGAUUCAGAUUCAGAAAUGAGAGUUGUUUAAAAUUCUUUUA